AUGAGAAAUCGUAAGUAUUCUUACAUUGGGACUAAACAGAUCAAUCCAGUGUUUAUUGCUGUUUUGCUGUUGCUGUUGCCAGAACCUGCCUUCUCAUUCCCAAUGUUGUUCAGAAACACGAUGAACUGUUCCCUCUUGUGCAGCUGUGAACACAAGCCAUUAGUCAGCACGAUGCAGUUGUACAACGUGAAACAUUUUAAGAUCAUGGGGAAUAAAUACCGACCAGAAAUCGGCUUCUUUGAUACCAAUUCUGAAUAUAUGACAUUUUUAGGGACUUUUGCACCUUUGUUGCAUCGAAUAACAGAAAUCACAUGCACUCUGUCAGACGGGAUGUCUCAUUCUGUGAUGUCCUUGUUAAACGGUGUUGAUCAGAUUAUGGACACCGCCCUGAGUGUCAGCUGUCGGAAGAAUGAACGCGUGGUCUGGGACGUGCCAUCCUGGCUGACUUCGUUCAAUAUAUUUGUUGCUGAAAACUGUCUAAUUGUCCCCAACGCUGAUCGCAAGCUUAUCGUCAUUCCAAUGAAUACGUGGAUCUUGGAUGUGGACAACGUUGGUGAUCAAACUCUUGGCUUGUUGGACAUCAGAUUCUCAAUGAACACGUUAACUUUGGCCAUCUCAGGGUCCAAACUCUCAACCACCCCCAGACAAUGGCAAGGUAUCGACAUGGUUUCAAUGGCUGUUAUCAGUCUCCGAAAUAAUGGCUUAGAAGAAUUCAAUUGUCCUUUUCACUUUACUAAGAGGCUGGACACGCUAAACCUGGACGGAAACAAAAUAGCCCACUUUCCGGAAUGCCUGCUAAGGUCAUUCAGAAUUAGGCUGAACUACUUAUCUCUAGCAAACAAUGCCAUUUCUGAUCUGGCUCCGUUGUACGAGAUACCGGAAGCUUGGGACAUUCCGGAUAUUUCUGUGAUCAAUCUUAGCUUUAACCAGAUCAGGAGUGUGGAUGCAAUUCGCAACAUGGCUAACCUUGUUGUGCUGGAUCUGAGCCACAACCACAUCAAAUACAUCACAGAGGACGCUUUCGAUUACUUAACCUCUCUGGAGGUCAUCUAUGUCAGUCACAACAGCAUCCACGUCAUUGGAGCCCAGCAGUUCAAGAACAACUACAAGCUUAGCAUCAUCGACAUCAGUGACAAUUUUCUGCCCGUUAUCUUACCCGAGCAGCUUCCGAUGGAUUCAUCUUCUCUUCUCUUGGAUGUUCGCCAGAAUAAGUUAACCUACCCACCAUAUGUAGACUGUGCUAAAGGUAAACUUAAUAUUUUCAAUAUGAAAAUAUACUCCUCUGGGAACCCAUACAUUUGUGACUGCUAUAUGAUUCAUUUCGAGAGGUGCCAAAGUUGGAUCAGUAAAAACAGUCCCAGUCAGCAGAAGGACUUCAAUGUGUUCAAAGACUUGAUGGAUAUGUUAUGUGAUACUCCCGAAGAGACCAAAGAUGUGGCGUUGCCGAAUAUAUCUUUCCAUUCCAAGUGUUACAUGAUGGAGGAGUGUCCAGAAACGUGCAAGUGUUUGCUGCUCAACGUACAGGUUCUGGUAGUGAACUGCUCCGCCAGACGCAUGUUGGACAUGCCCGACCACUUGCCAACGUACCCUAAAACCACUGUGGUGCUUUACCUCGACCAUAAUCCAUUGCAGAUAUUAGGUCAUCGGCCUUACCUUCGCACCCUGUCGGAGCUGUACGUCCACAACUGUUUACUGACCUCGGUGACCCCAGCUGCCAUGGCGUCGCUGCGAGAUGUUCAAGUCUUGACUUUGCACAACAACAUGAUACAGAAACUGCCAUCAAGAACGCGCAAUAUCACCCUGAAUCAGGUCAAGAACCUAACCCUACACAACAACCCCUGGGCUUGCUCUUGCGACAGUCUCUGGAUGCCUCAAUGGAUCGCCAGACAUAAAUCCUCGCUCUGGAUGCCGGGAAGCAUCACGUGUCACUAUCUUCGAAAACCAGUACAGGAUCUCACGGAGUUGGAUUUGAACUGCAACUCGUCCUCGUACAUAGAUACCUUUCUUGCGAUAAGCCUGACCCUGUCUUCUCUCGUUUCCACACUUGUCAUCGUCAUCUGCUACCGUUCUGAGAUCACAGUACUGCUCUACUCAAAACUUGGUUUCCCUCUAGGUUGUGGCUUCUCUUGCGGAGACCUUUUCAACCCCUACGAUGCCUUCAUCUCCUACAGCCAGGACACUUACAACUGGGUCAUGGACACGUUGGUGCCUCAGCUUGAGAACGGAUCCAAAAAGUACCGACUUUGCCUCCAUUAUCGAGAUUUUCCCACAGGGGAUUCUAUUGUGGACAGUUUACCCUGGUCCAUUCGCAUGAGUCGCGUCGCCAUUUUGGUCCUCAGUAAAGACGUCAUGAGAAAAGAAUGGUGCAUCUUGGAAGUUCGGGCGGCGUUUCAGCGAAUGCUUCUUGCGGCCAAUCGACUUGUCAUCGUUGCCAUGGACUACAUCAACACGGACGAGCUUCCUCCGGACAUGCGGACGUACAUGAACACGCACGACUAUCUCAGGUAUGAAGAUCCCUGCUUCUGGGAGAAACUGGAGCUGCUGCUACCCCCAAAAGAACAGAGGGAGUUGACUGAGAGUGACGACGCCAUGCCAAGGAACAGGAGCAGAGAAAGCUUUCAUCAGAGCACUCCCGACAAACACGAGAUGACGGGGCUUUCCGAUCUGACAGAUCUGUCCUUCAAACUGUCGGAGAUUUCCGAGCAUGGCGACUACUGA